UUUACAACACUACAUAUGUUCGGUGGUUCGAAUUUACGUUCAUGCUGCCCCUUUUAAUAUCGCCAUAUGACAUUUCCUCUUCAUCAUUGCCCGAACUUUUAGCAUUGCAGGCCUUGCCAUACGCAUCGCUUCAGUUCUGAUUGUAUAGGCUCUAGAGCCCUGUUAUUCGAAUUGGAAGCCUACAUGUCAGUUGAACCCUUCAUUAUUCCGACCAUGGAGCAGUCUGGGAGAUAUGAUACCGAAAACAAGAAAUCACCAGCCGUUUCAUCCGUCUCGGAACAAAUAGUAUCGCCCGUGCAAACCGAAGAACCAACGCCCUGGACGAAUGAACGGCUGCUGGAAAGCGGACGCAACUCGGAUAAUCCCGAGUAUCUCAUGGGUCAUCCGCACAGUGUCGACCUCAGAGAGGGUGGCGUAGGUGUUGACGUGCACUCCAUCGGUUUAUGGGAUGAAGAAGUCCUUGCACUGGAAAAGCAACUGGCCGAAAAGCUGGAGCGAGCGGAACAGUAUAGGGAAAAUAUGGAGCUCUUGAAAACGAAAAAACUUCGACGGAAACAUUAUAUCGAAACUCUAUCUACGCAGUUUCGUUCACUGCAGGGCAUAAAGGCUUUGAAAGAGCAGGAAGUUAGUGCUGCUCAAAAGCAAGUGGAACUGAAGCGACGGGAGACCGCUCACAUUCGACUGGAGACGAUGCGAACUAAAAACGAGAUCCAACAUCUAGUUCAACGAUUAGAUAACGAUCAGACGAUGAUAGGUCGCUUAAAGAAGGAAAUCGACGACAUGCAAACGGAAAUCGAUCUGGACAGGGAGCUUAUGGGCACGUGCCUAAAUUACGCCGAAAAACACCAGGUGGAGUUCAAUAUGCUGAAGCAGUACUCGCUAGAGGACGAAGGAAAAAUUAAAGAGUGUCGGUACCGCGUAGGCCGAUUAGCUCUGGAAGACGAGGAGACGGCUAAGGAACUAGCCGGCAUCGAGGUGGAUGUGAAGAGUUUGCGACUGGAAGUGUCCAGGCUAAAAGAGAACUGUCAAAGCGUAAUCCAAGAACGGACGGAAAAGACGGAUAACUGGGACCAAAUCAAGAGUAGAAUAGCCGGUGCUGAUGCCGACAUGAAACAACAGCAGGAGGAAAUAGAUGCACUGGAGGCUAAAUGUGCGGCAAAACAAGAGGCUCUGCAACGACAGAAAGACUUUUACGACUCGGAACUACGUAACAACCACGAAACGCAAAAAAAGAUGGAGCUCACGGAGUCCAAUGCCCAAAAAGCGCGAGAAUAUGUUUUUGAGAUGGAACAGAAGAAACAAGAAUUUUUGGAUCAGAUCCAUGUGAUGGAUAACGCUUGCUCCGCAAAACAACGGGAAAUACGUCUGAUUCAGUCUAGUAUUAACGGUCUCCGUAAUCAAACUCGAAGCGUAAAAGAAGACAUAAAGCGGUGGCAGGAUCUAACAGCCGGUGUGGAAAGCCGACGCCGAAACCUCUCGGACCAAAAUCUCACCGACGAGGAGCGUCUGCAAGAGCUGAACAAAGCGUUGGACCAACGCGAGAUGGUAGUCCGGUCAGCCGAACAGAAUCUCGUUCGUCUGCGCGAUCAAAACUUUAAGGACACCCAAAAAAACCUGGAAGCUAAAACACUGCUGGAGGCUAUCAUUUCCAACAUUCAAGGCAGCAAAGUGUACAUGGGCAGUCUGCAGCGUCAAACAAGGCAGAAGAACGGCUUGGCUCGCAACCAAGCCCAGCAGAUGUACGAACUACAGUAUAAGAUAACGCAGCUUAACCGGCGAAUCUCUUUCAUGGAGGGAACAGAUGUCGGGCCACCUGAGAAACCGUUAGGGGAUAUGAGAACGCUGAGUGCCAAGCAGGACAAUCUCCAGAAAGAAAUUGGUCUGAUGCAGAGUCGGAUAAUGAAACAAGACGAAAUGAUCAAAUCACUGAAGAGAAUUGUUGAUCAGGAAGAAACCGAUAAGACAAAAAAGGAGACAGCCUUAGCAGAGGUUAUGCUGUAUCUGCACACUACUCAGCGAACGUUGGAUCGAGCGCAAAGCCGGAAAGUGGAAGGAGCGGCCGAGCUUAGUUCAUCACGAUUAAAGCUUCGGUACAUCGCGGAUAAAGCAGAAGAGAAACUGGACAGGGUGACAAGUAUUUCCAUUCGGCAAGCUGAAUUGGGCGGUCUUUUUAAAGAACGCAUGGCAAUGAUCCAAAUGGAGCGCGAACAGUAUAAAGCCCAGACCAAACGCAUGGACGAACAGCGCACUUGGUUGACCAAAAUGCUACGGGAGAUGGAGAAUCAUCAACGCGGCAUCAAAACUCGAUUUGAACUGCUCACCAUGCCGGUUGCGUUGGAUCAGGAUGAAAAAGACGCCGCUCGAGAUGUCGUACAGAUUCAAGCGGCUCUUUUUGUGAAGGCAGCCAGGGAGCGUCAGGCCGUUAACGACCAGAAAGCACAGCUUAUUCAAGACAUACAGAAAGUCAUGCAGGAUAACUUUCGACUGAGACAGUUUUACGAGAAGUUUGAGAAACAGACCGGACAAAUGAAGACUGAGCUUUCUCAAGUUGCAGAAACCAACGAAAUACAGCAAAAGCACGAUGCUGUUAACAAUGAAAUCGGAUUUUUGCGAGGGAAACUACGAACCCUUGAAAACCAAGCCUACGGAUAUCAGGAAGAAAUCAAUAAUCUUCGUAAUACGAAGGAAAAGAUGCUCCAACUGGGAGAGCAAAUCGAGCACAGCAUGAAGCAGGACCAAGAAGAUACAAAGAAAUUACAGGAGGAAAUUACGGAACAACGUAAACGGUUAGGACGAACUGUCAGCCAAAACGACGCCAUGCACAAAGCUAUCAAGCAGGCUCAACCGGACAACGUGGCUCAGAUAAAAGCUAAUAUUGACAUUAAUGUCCGUACCGAUGUGGAGCGUCUUCUGUUCUCAACUAUAAGUCGAUUCCUAAAUGGAAGACCCGAUAUGAUGGAAUUAGUAGCAGGCUUAUUUCAACAGAUGGCCGUGCAGAUGUCUGAAGAGCUGACAAAACUGCUGCUGAAGAAAGGUUCGGAAUCAACCGUAUCUCCUGGCUUCCGUGCGUCUAUGGUUAGAAUUUGAUGCAUAUAUUUUUAUUUCUGCUACAUAUUUCAUAGAGUAGUAGAGUAUGUCUGUGUUUGGUUGUGGUGCCGCCGGUUCAGUUUUGAAUAAAUCUCGU